CGUUUGACGACAGCACAUCCUCAUUACAACAACCACACACACAAUGGCCGAUCCUGCUGAAACUCUGACCGGCUCCUGCCUCUGCGGGUCAUGGCGAUACACGGUUCCCAAACAACCGAUCAAGAGCAUCAUCUGCCACUGCAACGCCUGCAAAAAGUGGACGGGGGGAUCUUUCAUGCCCAACGUCCUGUUUCCCAGCUCCGGCUUCGACCUGAAACCAGACGAGGCGGUUUCUCCGCCGCCGCAAAUGACAACGUAUGCAGACAAGGGCUCCGACUCGGGCCGCACGGUCAACCGUCACUUCUGCGCCACCUGCGGGAGUCCGCUGUACUGCUCAAGCUCUCUCUCCCCGGAGAUGAUCUCGGUGCCGAGCGGGUCCAUCGAUGGACUGCUGGGUGCAUCCAAGGCGGAGCAUGCGAAGUUGACCGAAGAAGAGCGCCUGAGGGGGCUGGCUCCAGAGAUGGAGUUUUAUUGUCAAAGAGCGGCGCCCUGGGUGGAAAUCAAAGGCAAGACCAUGAAGCUUCACGGGAUGGGCGACUCGGGACACGAAGGGGACAAAUCCUAGCUGUUACAGUGCAUCUUUUUCCAGAACUUAGCGGCUAUAGCCAUGACGAGGCAUGCCGAUGCCGAACUCCC